AUGAAGGAAUCUGUCCCAGAGAAGUACAAGAAUAGACGAGAAACGUCUUUAGCAACUGCUCUUCUUUCAGCAACAUUUGCAACUUUGAUGUGUUAUCCCCUGGACACUGUUAGGAGCCAGAUGCAGAUGAAAGGCACACCACACAAUACAGUUUCUGAUGCUAUUCCAGUUAAUGUCCUCAAUACACUCUUCACCAGUCUGAAUUCUCCUAGCCAGGGUAUCGGGAACUUAGGUCUGUCAGUUAACCUUGUCCAUGAGAUAAGUAUGUAUGCAACACCAAAGUUUCUGAAAUCUGAAUCGAUGAUGUGGUCUAGCAAUGCGCUUAUAAGGUAUCAUGGAUUUCUAGUGCACUGUGGCUCUUUUGCUUUCGACCAUGACCACACCCCUUAUCCUUUUGGAGUUAUAGAUAUCCAUGCAUAG